AUGACAUUUUGUCCUCCACUGAAGGCUCCAGGCAUCCCGCUGGAGACUGCAGCCCCGUCCCAGAGGAGCCAGGCUCCGGAGGAACACGCGUCCCAGCAGGAGGGUCAAGUGCAGAUCAUGUACUGUAAAGAGCAGGUGUAUCAGGGAGACGCAGAGUUCAGUCUGGAAGAGCUCCGAGCGCAGCGCUACUGCAGAGCUUUGAGCGAAAAGGCCUUACACCUGAACAAACUAAAGCAGGACCUGCAGCUUCAGAUCGAGCAGAAAAAGAGACUCAUUCAGCAAAGAAACAGCACAGCAGAGACACAGCAGAUCGUUCAUGAGGAGGCCGGUUCUUCCUUCCAGAAACCUACAGGUUCGUGUGAAUCUUCGGCUGCUCCGGUCACCAUACACCGCGAGCAGGAGGAAGGCCCUGUGCUGAGCAGUAAAAGCUCAGUGAAGCGAGAGGACGACAUGAAUCACAGUGGAAGUGACGCUAAACUGCAGAAAACAGCAAAACCUUUCAGUGUUUUUGCUGAGAAUACACUGACAAAUAAAAUAUCAUCAUCGGCGAACCGUAAUUCUCUGAAGCUGCCCACCUUGAGCCUGAAAGGGCCGAAGCCAAAAGCAGAGCUCUCUACAGACAAACAGGACAUCUCUCGCUCCGAGGAAGCCAUCGUCAACGGUCACUGGAAUAAGACUCUGUGCCGGAGUCCAGACGACACGUGUGAAUUCGCCCGCGCCGCUCAGCUCGCGUCCACUCCGUUUGCAGGAGUCGAGAGGCCAAAAGCGUCCGAAUCGGUCCUGAUGGAGAAUCUGAGCCGAACGGCCCCAGAAUCCAGUAAACCAGCGAACUCAAAUGAGGAGAAAAAGCUCAGUCCUAUCCUAGAGAUCAGUCAGGAGUGGGGCGGCACUUCCUUCGCCACCUUUUCCCAGGAUCCCCUGAAGCGCUUUAAUGAUCCUGAGAUCAGCCGAGCCGUGGAGAGACCGGAGACGCUGCUGGAGGAAGGUGGGAAUAAAGCUCACGGUUUACAGCUCUUCAGAUCAUUCAGUCUCUUUCAGUCAGAUCAGAUCCGAGUGUCUUGGAGUGUUUUAGCCACUAGAUGGCACUAGUCUUCGACGUUUGAUGUGUACGUUGUUUUUUCAUGCGCUGGUCAGUUUUUGGGGUUUUAUAACAUGUCUUUAGACUAGUGGAAGGAAAGCAUGCAAAAUAGACUUUUAGGUGUUUAUUUUAUUGCACUUUUAUCUAUUUUGCAUUUAUAUAGCUCCACUUCAGCAGCACUUACAUACAGCAAAACUUUACUGAUGUGUUUGUUUAUAAA